AUGGGCACACUCCUCUGGGUGUGGGUCCCCGGAGUCCUCUCAGGCGAGGCCGAGAAUGUGGAGCAGCCAUGCCUGCGCCUGAGCCCUUUACCUUCACUCGCCCACCGCGGCUGCUGCUGGUUGGUUUCAGGUCACCCGUCGCCAGCCCCCUCCGGCCAGCCCAGCCCCAGCCGUGCCGAGAGCCCGCCCUCGGAGCCAGGGCGGCGGCUGGAGGUCCGCCUGGUGAACGGGAGCAGCCGCUGCAGCGGGACCGUGGAGGUGCGGGCAGGAGCGGCCUGGGAGCCCCCGUGCGGGGCGCUCUGGGACCGCGGCGCCUCCGAGGCCGCGUGCCGCGCGCUGGGCUGCGGCGGGGCCGAGCGGGGGCCGGACCGGCCCACCCCGCUGCCGCUGGACCGCGCCCUGGGGAACGCCAGCGGGACGCCGAACGCCACGUGGGCCCUGGCGCCCGUGGUCCUGUGCAGCAGCGGCGCGUGGCCGCUCUGCCGGCUGGAGCGGCAGCCGUGCAUCCGCGCCGGGCCGCCCGCCCAGGCCACCUGUGCAGAGAACCGCGACCUGCGGUUGGUGGACGGCGGCAGCCCGUGCGCCGGCCGCGUGGAGAUGCUGGAGCACGGCGAGUGGGGCUCUCUGUGUGACGACACGUGGGACCUGGAGGACGCCCACGUGGCGUGCAGGCAGCUGGGCUGCGGCUGGGCCAUCCAGGCCCUGCCGGGCUCGCACUUCGCCCCCGGCCGAGGCCCCAUCCACCGGGACCAGGUGAACUGCUCUGGCACCGAGGCCUAUCUGUGGGACUGCCCGGGGCGGCCUGGAGAGCGCUACUGUGGCCACAAGGAGGACGCCGGCGUGGUGUGCUCAGAGCACCAGUCGCUGCGCCUGACGGGGGGCACGGACCGCUGCGAGGGGCAGGUGGAGGUGCACUUCCGCGGGGCCUGGAGCACCGUGUGCGACAGCGAGUGGUACCUCCCGGAGGCCCGGGUGCUCUGCCGGGCCCUGGGCUGUGGCACCGCGGCCGAAAUUCCCCGGGGGCCGCCCCACGCCCGGGAGGGCCGCAUGUACUACUCGUGCCGGGGAGACGAGCCCACCCUCUCGGACUGCUGGUGGCGGUUCAACAACUCCAACCUGUGCAGCCAGUCCAAGGCCGCCAGGGUCCUCUGCUCAGGUUCACGGAAGCUGCUCAACGGGUCCACGUCUGACCUUCCCACAAGCGCACCGCCGGCCACCGCAGAGCCGGCGGGGACGGUGCCCGCGGAGGACUGGACGCCGCGGGAGCUGGCGCUGCUCGUCCCCUGCGUGGUUCUGGGAGCCCUCCUGCUGGGCGCGCUCAUCGGCAUCUGCGUCCUCCUCGUGCGGGUGAAAGGGAAAUACGCCCUCCCUGCUGCCGUGACGCCCCAACACCGGCCCGCCGCCCUGGCAGGGGUCAAUAGCUACCAGGAGGUCCCCAGCACCGUCCCCAAAGAAGAAGCUCCCAAGCUGCCCAUCCAGGCCCAGGCCCCGCCCCCCGCGGACUCGGACUCCGGCUCCGACUCAGACUAUGAGCACUAUGACUUCGGCGCCCAGCCUCCCGUGGCCCUGACCACCUUCUACAAUUCCCAGCGAUACCGGGUCACGGAGGAGGAGGCCCAGCAGAGCCGGUUCCGGAUGCCCCCUGUGGAGGAAGAUCCCCCCAGCCUGGGCCCCCAGCCCCCCCGGAGCAGCAGCGGGUCCAGCACGUCGUCCGGGGAGGACUACUGCAACAGUCCCCGCAGCCGGCCGCCCCCGUGGGGCCCCCUCCCGGAGCAGCCCCCGCGCUUGGAGCUGGCUGGCUCCCAGGGCACCUUCUCGGGGCCCUCGGCUGACGACGGCUCCAGCACCUCCUCCGGGGAGUGGUACCAGAACUUCCAGCCGCCGCCGCUGCCCCCGCCCCCUCCGGAGGAGCUGUUUGCGUGUCCAGGGUCCGCCAGCCCGCAGCCCGCGUCCACCGACAACGAGGACUACGACGACAUCGGGGCUGCCUAGCCGGCCGGCGAGGCUCCGGGCUCGGCCCGCGCCCUGUCCGCCCUGUGCUCCGGCUGAUGGCGCCGACGCUGAGGGCCCGGAGAGGAGGCAGCCACCCUCUGCCUCGUCCACAAACAGAACCCGCUGCCCCCUCUGCCCGCCCCUCCCCGCAGGGCGCGCCGCCCCCAGAGGGCUGCCCUGAGGGCAGAAUGGGUGACUCCCGGACCCCGACCGCGGGUUCUGCUGCCCCAGAGCCAGAAGUAGCGAGAGGGGCAGACACGGGCCCAUCGGGGCUGCCGGAGGCCUGAGCCGCGGCUGUCCCCGCAGCGGACCCGAAUCUGAGCCUCCCACAGCUUACGGCGUCCUGGCUCGACCCAGCGCGGCCACGUGCCCGUCUGUCUGCUUGGGCCGGCGGGAGCCGCCCGGAUGAGCCUGUGAACACGCAGCACCAGACCCAGAGCCCUGAACACGGCCACAGCCUCCACGGAGGCCGGGCAGCCUCCACGGAGGCC